AUUACACUAAAAAAAUAAAAAACACAACAAAAAAAAAAUAGAAUAACAUGCCAAAAGUUUGUCUACGUUAAUUUAAGUAUCUAAAGUCAAAGUGAAUAAAUUAAAUUUUUGUAAAUUAAAUUAAUAAAACAAGCUUCUAUAUUGAUAAACCAUUAAAGUAACAAUUUUAUUUGUUAAAAAAUGCAGAAUUUUGUUGAAAAAUUAAGUUCAGAAAAUUUAGGAGAGGUUAUUGAAUGUUUAGAUACAUUUUGCCGGACACAUACUCAUACAGUUUUGUUCAAUGAUUUCAAUGGAUUUGAAGAACGUGAACAAGUAUGGAGACUUAUUUUUAGAAGAUUGGCAAACCAUACAGAAAACAUGGUACAUUGCAGUUGUCUGGAAGUCCUGAGAAUACUCAGUCGAGAUAAAACUGAUCUUGAUGAAUUGAUCACAGAUGAAAGAUUAAGCUUGAUAAUUUACAAAGCAAAUUUAAAUUCUUCAAGUCAAUAUUUAACAUCUCAUGAAGAUGAUGAAGUUGAGGCUCUUAAACUAUUGUGCAAUUUAAUAUUUAAUUCUCAAAGUGUUCAAAUACAAAUAUUAAAAACAAAUUGUUUAGAUAAUUUGAUGAAAAGAAUAAGUUAUUAUACUGAUAUUCCAACAUUUAUUAAAAAUAAUAAUUCAAAAAUAUUAUUUGAAAUAAGAAUAUUAUUUCUUGUAACAGCAUUAAAUUCAAAAUCAAGAAAUUCAAUUAAAGAUGAUAAUGGUGAUAUUAUUAUGAUGAAUAUAUUGGAUAAAUUAUGUGAAGAAUUAAAAAUAUCAAUUGAUGAAUUAUCAAAAGAUAAAAUAAUUGAAGUUAUUUGUGAAAUUUUAAAAACAUUAUUUAAUCUACUUCUUGAUUGUGAUGAAAAAACAGAUAAUGAAAAAUUAAAAUAUGAAAAUUUAGUCAAUAUUUUAUAUAAACUAUUAUUAAUUGAUACAAUUGAAGAAGAUUUAAAAAAAGAUGAAUUACACAGUCAUAUUAUUAAUCUUUUUACAGUUAUUCCAAGUAAUUGUUUUUCACCAAUAAUACCUAUAUUUCAAGAUACAACAACAACAAGUAACAACAAAAAUAUAUAUGAAAAUAAUGACAUGACUGCUAUUUAUAAAAUAUUAUUAUUUUUAAACAAACGAUUGGAUAAUGAUAAUAAUUAUCUUGAAAAUAUAUCACCUGUUAUUGUUGCAUUAUUAAAAUUAUCAAAAAGUCAAAGAAUUAUUCGUAAAUUUUCACGUAAUCAAGUUUUACCACCAUUAAAAAAUGUCAUGCAAAGACCAGAAGAUGGUACAACAUUGAGAGCAAAAUUAUGUAAAUUAUUAACAACACCACUUACAGAAAUUCGUGAUCUUGUUGCUGAAUUUUUAUUUGUUCUUUGUAAAGAAAAUGUUGGAAGAAUGGUUAAAUAUACUGGCUAUGGUAAUGCAGCUGGUAUGUUUGCUAAUAAAGGUUUACUUGGUGGUAAACAACCAGAGACAGAAUAUUCAUCUGAAUCUGGUGACAGUGAUACAGAUGAAUAUACUAAAAUUCGUAAUGACAUUAAUCCAGUAACUGGAUGCUAUGAAAGACCAAAACAAAAUCCAAUGGAAGGUAUGAGUGAAGAACAAAAAGAAUAUGAAGCCAUGAAACUUGUUAAUCUUGUUAAUCAACUUGCAAAUGGUGGAAUGAUAAAACCUUGUACUGUUGGUGAAGAUGGUAAGCCAAAACCUGUUCAGCAUGUUUUACAACUCCAGGAAGGAAUUUCAAGAAAUCCUGGCAAUAAAAAUUCAAGUGAUUCUGAAUAAAUCACAUAUAUCUACAAAAUAAAUAUAUAUCUAUAUUUAAUACACAAAAAAAAAAUUAUCUAAAAUUUUAUAAAAAUUAACAAAAGUAUCUUUCAUAAUUUAAAAGUCAAAUUUUAUUGUAAUUCAUUGUAAAUAAACAAGAACAAUGUUAUACAUAAAAUUAUUGGCAAGAAAUAAAAAAUAUAACACUUUCCAAAAUCACAUGAAAUAUUAUUAGCUUUUUUUUUGUUUUUUUUUUUUUUGUUUUUUUAUCUUACAAGUAUUAUUUAUUUAUUUAUUUUUUUUUUCGAUUUUGUCUCAUUGCGUAAUGUGCUUUUGUGAACAUCGCAAUCAUUACAUGUCUUAUAAUAGGUAAUUAUUGCAUUGCAUCUAUGCGCACACAAGAGUGUUAUGGGGUAUUUUCGUUUUAUUUUAUAUUUUCUUUUAAUUAUUUUCCAUAGCUACAACUAAUUUGUUU